AUGAUCUGGCCGAGUAAGCAAGGCGUGGUUGCGGGAGUCUUCACCAUUAAAGAUCGGAGAACAUCAAUCCCCUUAUUUAACAAGAGUUGCCAGCCUAUACUCUGGAAAGAGGGCGAAGAGAUUGGUUGGUGGGGAACAGACAAGUGGGUCGAACGAGGGGAAGAAGAGAACCAACUAUCGUUGGACGGCAGAGAAUGCAGCCUCAGCGAGCCGGAGAGAGUGCGUGUGUUGGAAGAAGUACUAGUGAGUAAUAUGGAGUCAGGGAAAAUAGAUGAAGAUCUUCAGAAACUGUUAAGAGAGCAUGCAGAGGCAUUUGCUGUCUCAGACCAGGAACUGAGUCAAACGGACCUGGUACAUAUGGAUAUAGAUACAGGAGAUACUCGCCCAAUAAAAAUGAGAGCAAGACCGGUCCCACUAGGGAGGUUGAUGGACUCUGUUUUGGGAGACCUUCUGGGGACAGAGGUGUUCUGUUAUAUCGACGAUAUUAUGGUGUAGAAUGAAGGAGGCGAGGCUACGGCUAAAGGCUCAGAAGUGCCAUCUGUUAAGAAGGAAGGUGUCGUUUUCCGGCCAUAUCGUGGAUGA